AUGGACCCCGCCGACACCCCCGCCGUGUUCUUGAACUUUGACGUUCAGGCCGCUCAGCCCGGCAGUCAAAUUGUUCAUUUCACCGACACCCUCAUCCUCCUCCAGACGCUCGCUCCCUUGCACCCGGGUUCUCAGAUCGGCGUCAUCGUCGAGUUGCUCCAGUUCUGGGUCGCCCAAGACGCAGCAGCACUCUUCGGGCCGCAUAUGCAAGACUACCCUCCUCUCGCCGUCUUUGAUGCGGCGAUGCACGAUUGUAUGGUGGUCCUCGUCAACACCAUCAUGUCCACGCUCGAACAGACCAUACCCGCUGGCUGGCUUGACCAGAUCGCUACUUUGUUCGGAAUCUACACACUGAGGUUCUGGGCCGUACGUCAAGAUCUGGGCGCCGAUGAACCCGACGUCGACAUCAUCGCCCAUGUCCGACAACUUCUUGAGCCCGUCUUCGUUAUGGCCCAGUUCAUGGCCACGCAUAUCAAUACGCCUGUUUUCGUCGACAACAUCGACAUGGUCGCCUUGUACUUGACAUCCAUUGGUAUCUCUCUAGGCGCUCUACACGGGCGCGUCGUCGGCGGGGACAGAGAGGUGUUCUAUCGGGGCAUUCGUAUGCACGAGUCGGCUUCUAUGCUGGCCUGCACGUACGUUUGUAUCCAGCGCUCGGACCUUGAAACCCCAGUUCCUCUAACGGCGCUUCUCACCAACUUCGAGUUGGCCGCCGAGCCCAAGCACUUUGCGGAUCUCCAGACUUUAUGGAUCAAAGAUCUGUGGCGUUUAGGGCUCAUUUCUUCCAACUCAGUGCAUAUCCCGUCCGCGCAACUGGUCUCGCUACGCUCUCCAGCUUCCAUGGUUCCGGAGGUGAGGUCGCUAUGUUGGUGCCGCGGGUGCACCACGCAGGCCCCUUUCACAUCGCGCCGGUGCUCGCACUGUCGGCGCGUCUUCUACUGCAGCGCGGAGUGCCAAAGGCAGUGA